AUGGCCACUCCUGUCAAGACGACCACCAUCGGCGGCCCUCCUAUGAUAGACAGCCCCGGAACUUGGCGUCACCCGCGACUGGAUGAAAUCACCAGGCGACGCAAUGCGACCACCUUUUCUGAGAAGAAUGUGCGCCAAAUAGCCUACAAUGUUAUCGCACUGCUAGGCUUUUGCGUUCCCACCUCCUUCAGGAUAUACCUGAGCUGGGCGUGGUUCAUUCUCCAGCUCAUCCCAUUCAUCAAUAUCGGCAUCGCGUGCCUCCCCUUGAUCCGACCGAAAGACGAUCUCUCCGACAUCCCCCUCACAGCCGCUCAGCGCUCCCUGCUGGGCCUCGAGCCUUCCUCGGCCGCGCCGACUCCCGAUGCUCAGUUUAGUACACCGCCUCGAUACUCGCGCACGCCCUCCAUAGCUGGCUCUGUUGGAAGUCGGGGAAGCUACGCUAGCUCACCUCUCUCUGGUCGGGGUAGCCCUGCCCUUCAGGGGUCUACCGGCUCACCACUGGGAAGCCCUCUUUUCCAGAAGAGUGUGAACUUUGGAAAUGGGAGGAGGUCUUCUAUCGGAUCUGCGAGUCCAUUUGGAGCCAGCUCCACAGCCAUUCCGUUCUCUGACCCUACCUCUCCUAGCCCGUCAGGAGGUAAGCGAACGAGUGUUGGACUGAACAGCAAGUGGCUGUAUGAGAAGGGUCGACGAUCGUCGGGUAAUGCCUGGAACCUUUAA